GGUCCGGAUACCCUGGGCCAUCCUCUACGGCUUUUCCAGGUCACAAACAGGGAGUUGGAAGGGAAGUGGAGCAACCGGGACAGGAAUCAGUGCUUAUGUGGGAUCGUGGUGUGUGCGAGAUCUGCAAGCCCACCUCUGUUCAGUCAGAAAACAUGCCCCUUUUUCUUCAAAAACAGAGAGCUUUCUCCCGAGCCUGCCUCCAGCUGCAAUUCCUUCACCCUUCAGGAAAGCUGCCAGAAAUGCCGAGGGGAGGGGGAAGCCGUGGGUGGUGGCAGGAGGUGGGGCCAUGGGAAGAGUUGGGACCCCACGCUGGGCUGUAGCUGGAGGACUCCUCUCUGCUCCUUUUCCUGCUGUUGGUGCCUCUGCUCAAGCUGCAGGAUGAGUGGCCAGUUCCUGAGGCAGCUGCUGGCCGAGGAGAGCCGGCACUCCACAGCCGUGGGGCGCCUCCUGCUCCCCGUGCUGCUGGGAUUCCGCCUGGUGGUGCUGGCUGCCUGCGGGCCUGGGGUCUACGGGGAUGAGCAGAGUGAAUUUGUCUGUCACACCCAGCAGCCAGGCUGCAAGGCCGCCUGCUACGACGCGUUCCACCCCCUCUCUCCACUGCGCUUCUGGGCCUUCCAGGUCACCUUGGUGACCGUACCCAGCGCCCUCUACGUGGGGUUUGUCCUGUAUCACGUGAUCUGGCGUUGGGAAAUAUCAGGAAAGCUGAAGAAGGAGGAGGAGACCCUGGCCUGUGAAGGGGAGAGCAGUGGAGAUGGCUCAGGGACUGGGAAGCUGAGGCUGCUCUGGGCCUAUGUGGCACAGUUGGGGGCUCGACUGGCCCUUGAGGGAGCAGCCCUAGGGGGGCAGUUCCACCUGUAUGGGUUUCAGAUGCCCGGUUCCUUUGCAUGCCGUCGAGAGCCUUGCCUCGGCAGUAUAACCUGCACUCUGUCCCGCCCCUCCGAGAAGACCAUCUUCCUCAAGGCCAUGUUUGGGAUCAGUGGGCUCUGUCUCUUCUUGACCCUUUUGGAGCUGGUACUUCUGGGUCUGGGAAGAUGGUGGAGGAUCCGGAAGCAGCGAUCUUCCUCUUCCAACUACUUCCCACCUUCAGAGAGCGCUAAAAGUCACAAGGAACCAACCAAUACUAUCCCAGGGAUGGAAACAAAACAGAAGCUUCGGGAAGCAGGUGAGGAGGACGGCAGUGGUCUUCUUUUGUCCUGUCCCUGAUGUUUCUGUCCUGAUCAGCUUCUCCACCCUACCCACCUUGUGCAGCACAAGUGCCACUUCCAUGUGUUGCUAAGUAGAUAACCAAAUUCCAGGCAGAGUGUUCUGACCAUAGCUCCCAACUCGUUCCCUAGUGUCCACUCUCAUCGGAUGGAUGAUUCCCUCCAGGGGCCUGGACAAGAGUUACAGCCCAUUGUAGCCCUUCCCUUAAGUCUGUUCCCUUUUAGGAAUGAAGUCUCAGGUUCUGCUUAAUUACUUUGCAGCAUUGUGAAGACACCCGGAUCACCUAAAGAAAACCCUAUGAUUGGAUCUUCUCAACAUCCAGUGAGUGGGGAUUCACGUUCAUGACAAAAGAGAGGCUGUUGAAGGGUCUCUAAGGGCCGUGGUGAGCCAUGCUGUCUAAGGCAUUUCUGGGAAGGGUUCCUGAUCGUGCUUCUCACAAGAAUUCUCACAGGUCAGCACCAGAAUUUUCCAAGAAUUGAUUCCAGAGUCAGCCGGAAGCCUCCAUAAACUGUGCUUCUCCCCCUGCCCUGCUCAAUAAAUGUUGACAACUGCUAUUGGCCUUCUUGUUGCUGCAGACACUCCUUCCUGAUUCAGUCUCUCCACUUAGCUUUCUGCUGCUCUUAAUUCUUUACACUUUCCAACCUCAAAGUC